AUGGAGGCUUGUGACUAUAUCGAGUUUGGGCUCCCCGGAUCCGUGCUGUACCGGGGAUUUCUCCUGUCCGACUUGGACCCUCCCGCUUCCGCCACCACCACCGCACCCGGCGCCGUUACCGCGUCCAACAAGUCUUCGUCUUCCUCUUCUCCGGCUACCAUCAUUCAGUCUGGUCGAGGUCAGAGGGACACCACGAUCUUGCACCCGAUCUCCACGUGGAAUGACGUUCCAAUUCACCCUGCUGACGCACCAUUAUCGCACGGCGGCGGCGGAUUAGCUCUUGAAGCGGGGAGCCUGGAUGAUGGGAUUAUGGCAGGAGACAGCAUUUCUAUGGUUUGCUGCACGCCGCGUAACUCGUGGCUCCAAAUCGAGGCUGGUUGUAACGAGGCGUGUCAUCCGCUGCGCGUUCGCCAGGUGGACGGGUUACCCGCUCAUUACAGUCACAAUCUCGAUUGGAACCUCGGGAUCAUCCCUCAGACGUGCUCCUGCCGCCAAGGCGACAACAUCGAAGCGGCUCUUCAUGCUGGAUCUGGCGAUGCUUGUACGUCGUGCGAUAAGGCAUGCGACAAGGCAGCCUGUGAAACGGCGACAUCCGCGACCAUGUGCGACGGGGCGUGCGACACGCACGCGCCGUUGGAGGUGAUCGAAAUCGGGCGCGUGGAGGCUCGAGUGGGGCAGGUGUAUCCGGUGAAGCCGCUGCUCGCGUUCCUCGUCGUCAGCCCCGAUCUGAAAUCUUCCUGGAAGGUCGUGGCCGUCAACUCAUUGGAUCCGAUGGCUGCGGCGCUGCUGGACUCGCGAACUGGUUACCCGGUUUGGUUGGAGGCGAAGCUGCGCGAAAUCGUGGAGUGGCUCAAAUAUUACAAGUGCAACACCAUGUUCGAUCCGCCCAGCACCAUCGCGGGUCGGGAGAAGCCAGCGCCCUUGCAUCGCACCAUCGCCGCCAUCAGCGCCGCCCAUGCCGCCUGGACGCACUGCCGCCGCCGCAGCAGCAGCAGCAGCAGCAGCAGCAGUAUUCCCAGAGACGGCCUUCCACUGAAGGAUCUUAGGCAGCUCGCAGAACAAACGGCCUCCGCUGCUCUCACCAACGCCAUCUGCGAAUUCGCCCGCGUGCCCUUCUCCCAACCUGUUUCCGGGCCUGUCGCCACUGCUGAGAGUGCUGCUGUUGCCGAGCCUGCGCAGCAGCAGGGGAAUGCGCAGCAGGAGGGCAGGAAGUUGACCAGGCACUGGCGAUCCUCCUCGUCUUGUGCUCUCGAGAUCCCCACCGGAAUGCUACUAGACUCUCCCUCCCCCGUACAUCGCUCCUCGUCUUCCCGCCUGCUUCAGCCCCUCACCCCCUCCGCCUUGACUCGCUCCGCCUCUGCGUUCCUGCGCCAACCCCUCACGCCUUCCCGUUUGCCACUCCCCCCCUUGCCGCCUCUCACCCCUCGCCGCCAACCACGCGCAUUCUCGCCCUUCUCGCCCUCCUCCUCCUCCUCCUCGCACAAACAAGCGGCCUCAAGGUCUGUGUUUUGCGACCUUGAUGAGUGUGAUCAAGUGGUGGGUCAAGAAGGGUUUGAAGCGGUGGAUCAAGUGCCCAAGGCCAGCCAAGCAGCCGUGCAGAGACGAACAAUUUCCUCCCCUUCUCCUGAUCCCGCUUACUCUUCCUUGAAACCUCCUCCUGCUAUGGCCUCUCCCUCGCUCCCUUCCCUGCCCUCUCCCGUACCCUCUCCCAUGCCCGAGAAAGGAGGGAGGUACGACUUCCGCCGGUCAAUCUCUGCUCACACCGAACGGGAGUCCCACAAACCACCUGCCAGGGCUGGGAAGCUGGAAAAAUCUGGCAAGACCGGGGGGCUUGGCGCAGAUCUGCUUCCUGAUAUCCCACAUCGAAAGCCGGGCGCGAAUUUGCUGCCUGCUACACCGAAAGGGCGUGUCGGGCUGCCCAAGACGCCGAGGGCUGGGAAGCUAGAAGAGUCGGGGGAUGCGCGCCCAGAUCUUCUGCCUGCUACACCGAAAGGGCGUGUCGGGCUGCCCAAGACGCCGAGGGCAGGGAAUCUGGAGCGUGCUGUACAGCCCAAGACGCCGAGGGCUGGAUCUGAUUGUCCCGGAUCUUCAAAGGGAUGCGUCGAGCAGCCAAAAACGCCGAAAACGCCAAAAACGCCCAACACUUUCAAGACGGCCAACACGCCCACCACUCCCAAAACGGUCAACACGCCCAAAACGCCCAAAACACCCAGCACGCCCAAAACACCCAGCACUUCCAACACGCCGAGGACGCCAAAAACGUUGAGAAGAACGGCCGAAGAAGCCAGCAGCGGCUUCCGCAGGUCGACAGCAGCAAUGAGCGAGCAGCCCAAGACCCACCAAGCCCAAGCAGGCAAUGAGGUGCCCAAGACCCCCUCCAGGGCACGAAGCGAGCUGGGGCUGAUCACCCCAAGGGGGCAAAGGGAGCUGGGUAAGACUCCCAAUUCUGCCGUUGGUGCUGGUGCUGCAGCUGGUGGCGUCACUGCUGCUGCUGCUGCGGCUGCUGCUGGUGUUACUGCUGCAAGCCCACGGGACGCAAUGAAUGAAGGAUCUGACCGCAGUAGCUUGUCACCAAAGCAGACAGUGGGAGGUGUUGACAAUGGUGGUGGUGAGAAGAGCGGCAGCAAGGGAAGGAUGCUGAAAGCCGUGCUGAAGCUGUUUGGGAAGAGCCGGAGGAAAGGGCAGAGUCAGAGCCAGAGCAACAGCAGCAUUCCGGGUCCGUGUGCAGAAGCUUCAGCUGGCCAGAUCACGCCUUCCCCAGAUUCUCCUUCCCUGAAUGGACUGCAUUCUGCUCGGUCUGCUUCUGUGGACUCACCAUCCCGCCAGGGAACGUCUGAGGGGGGGCGCAACUCGCCCCAUCCCCCCCAGAAAUUGCCCCAGAAUCUGCGGCAGGUGCCUUCCCCUGGCGCUCGCCCUUCCAAGCCGGAGACGGGCAGUGGCUCCUCUGCUCUCAUGCCAAGGCAACGAGCAAAAGCUACUGCCUUGGAAUCGGCACGAGGGCAGGAAUUGCGGGAGGUGGUUAAAGGGCAGGGGUCGGGGCACGGGGGCUAUGAGGCAGUGAGAGCUACAGCAGCAGCGCAGCUGGCGCCCCUCGUUUGCCUCACCCCGCCCUUCCCUUCACCAGUCGAUGCCUCCCCUUCCCCUGUGGAUGCCUCCCCUUCACCAGCUAAUGCCUCCCCUUCCCCAGUUACCACCUCGUUUUGGCCCCUUGGCAGCAGCAGCAGCAGCAGAAGCAGCAGCAGCAGAGAUAUCAAAUUCGUUGUUGCAGCUGCUGCUGAUGCCGAUGCUGCUCUCACUGCUGCUGCUUCUAUUGUCGCAGGGACAGCAGGAUUUAGAAAGAACAGUUUUGAGCUGUCUCAGAACCCGGUUAUGGAGGCGGAGGAGGAGGAGGUUGAAUGCACUCGCAUGCACCAGAAGGGAACAGGGGGAGAAGAAGACUCGAUUUCAUGGGUCGACUCAAGCUACACCACCUUCUCUCAUCCCGGUGACUCACGCUACUCCAAAAACGAAUCAUCUUAUAUUGAGGAGUAUGUUUCCGGUGGUUGUUCUGACAGCGAGGAGGAUUAUGGCGGUGGUGGGUGUGCUUAUAACGAGGCCCUUGCCGAGUGUGUGUAUGGGGAUGAUCCCUCAUGGAAUGCUCCGAGGGAAAACACAUUCAGUGGGGAAGCAGGGAGCAUGGGGAGCGGCUAUGGCAGGGUAGCACACAGGAGCAGCAGCGUAGGCACAAGAAUCCAGAGCAUGGGUCGUACCAACGUUUUUCCUGGAAAGCAAGAUGGCAUGCACUCGCGACACCGCAGGAGUGCUAGUGUCGUGUCUGAACGCACCUUUGAACGCGCCCUUGAACCGACCUUCGUUCCGACCCUGCGGCGCCGAGACAGUGUGGGGAGCGUGGGGAGCGUGGGGAGUGUGAGCAGUGCAAACUUGGUGUGUGAUCGGAUCCUGAGUGUGUGUGACGUCUCACCCGUUCCUAUCAUUCUCUCCUCCGACCUGGGUAGUCGGGGGUGGGCUCGUAGGGCGGCUGCUGCAGAGAGACUUGAUGUUUGGUCUGCAGGCAGUGAUGAUGCGAAUGCAACAGCGGAAGGAGGAGAAGGAGAAGGGGCGGCAGAGGCAUGGCCAGAUUCAUUAGCUGCAAUCACGAACUAUUCCUCUGUUGCUGCAGAAACAGCAGGAGCAGCAGCAGCAGGAGCAGCAGCAGGUGCAGGAGCAGCAGCAGGCCGAGAAACCCCCUCUGCUGCCCCCCAGUUGUCAAGGAGACCAGCAGCAUCCCGGAUGGGGCUCUUUGUGCCCGGCCUGCCCCACUGGACCAAGCGCUCGCUCCCUCGCUCGCUGCGCAUCUCCCGCUCGCUGCUCUCCUUCCAAGAGCGAGCGCUGCUGGAGCACCGCCAGGAGACCGCCCUCCUGCAGGGCAUGGCUGGCAGAAACGGCCAGGAAAAUGAGGGGGACGAGCUUUGGAGUGAGGGGAAUGGGGUUGGCAAAGAGGGAUUUGAUGAGGGAAGCAAGGAGAAGAGGCUAGGGAGGAGGAGCGUGCGAGUGAAGAGCGAGAGCUCGCUGCUGUCAGCAGCAGCUGCAGCAGUGGCUGCGCCAGUGUCCCCCGGAGAGUCGAUCCGAGCAGCCGUGGCCGUGUAUUCCGCUUCCAGAGAAUUCUGGCGCCCCCCCUCCACCCCCAAGCCUGUCAUGGCCUGCCAACUGAAAGCCAAGCUGUGCCUCCCAAUGUAUUCCCCGGCUGUGCCACCCAUUGGCCUGGAAAAGCUAAUGGAGGGCGGGACUGGGGCAGGUGGGACUGGUGGGUUUGCUGGCCUUGGUGGGUUUGGUGCGGAAGGUGGGUGGGGGUUGGGUGCAGGCUGGUGGGGUGCGGUAGAGGGAGUCGGGGAGGAGAGGAAGGAGGGGACGGGAGAAGCGGGUUGGCUGGGGUUUGAAGGUUUGGUGGACGUGGCACGGGGGAUGAUGUGGGGGGGAGGAGGGGAUGGAGGUGGGGAGGAGGCGAAGGAGGAGGAGAAAGAAGGGAGUUUGGGUUCUGCUCCAGGGAAGGAGGGUACGGGAGACCAGGAAGAAGGGGGAGAGACAGUAGAAGGAGAAGAGAAGGGAUUGACUAUCGAGAAGGAUGAAAAAAGUUUUGGGAAAGCGGGUGAGUUGGGAAAUAAUGCGGGAAUCACAGGAGAGGGAAGAGUGAAAGGGGGCGGGUGA